CACAGGCCUUCGAGCGUCUCGCCAUUAUCAGAUCUCUCUCUGUGGCUCUCUCUCUCUCUCUGCUUGCGCGCUUCGCUGAAGAUCUCCGUCGAUCGUAGCCGCCGAGCCCUCCCUCUCUCCACACGCGGCCGUCGCCGUCGACGCCCGCCCCCCCCACGCGCCUCGCGAUGGCCUCGCCGCCGACCCUCCCGAUCUCCUCCCAGUCCUCCGCCGCGGCGGGGGGAGCCCAGUCGCAGGGCCAGGCGCAGCCGCCCAUCGCCACGCACGCCCUCCGCGCGUUCCUCUCCCGCCUCUCCUCCUCCGUCCGCCAGGGCCUCUCCCAGCGCCGCCCCUGGUACGAGCUCCUCGACCGCUCCGCCAUGGCCCGCCCCGACAACCUCACCGACGCCGCCUCCCGGAUCCGCAAGAACGCCUCCUACUUCAAGGUCAACUACAUCGCCCUCCUCGCCGUCGUGCUCGCCCUCUCCCUCGUCACCCACCCGUUCUCCCUCCUCGUGCUGCUCUCCCUCCUCGCCGCCUGGAUCUUCCUCUACCUGUUCCGGCCGUCCGAUCAGCCGCUGGUCGUCUACGGCCGCACGUUCUCCGACCGCGAGGUGCUGGGGAUCCUCGUCCUCCUGACCAUCGUCGUGGUGUUCUUGACCAGCGUCGGUUCGCUGUUGAUCUCCGCGCUGAUGAUUGGAGUCGCUAUCGUGUGCGCGCACGGUGCGUUCAGGGUUCCCGAGGAUCUGUUCUUGGACGAUGAGCAGCCUGCAAAUGCCGGAUUGCUGUCGUUCCUCAGUGGUGCCGCCUCGUCCGCUGCGGCAGCGGCUGCGCCGGCGGUUGCUGCACGUGUGUAGAGCUGAGUGGUAUAAUUCGAUCUUUGGGGCUGGUCAGGAAAUUCAACCUUAAAGAUCCACUUGGAUGGACUUCCAAUCGAUUUCCUAAUUCUCGGAAGCAGCAAAUUGCAUACUGAAUGGCAGGCGAAUCUGAGGCUGGAAUGAGGGAGGAAAAGCUAAUAGCUGCGCAAAAAUUGGAUUGCCAAGCUGAUUAAGCAGAAGUUUAGGAAUUCGGUCUGAAAUUUUGUUGAAGGGGUUGCUCGUGUUACCAGCAGUGGCUAGCCUCGUGUUGCCAAGCUGAUUGUAUUGGUGAAAGCUGUACUCAAGACUCUUAAUUCUUGUGUUUGUCAGCAAUUUCCAUGUCGUAUUCCUUCUGUUCUGGCCAACAAGGGGAAAGUGGAAAUUGCUUGGGUCGUUAUCCUACCAAGAGCUUCCAACAA